ACUGACGUCACCAUUCGAAGUAAGAAACAAGUCCGGACACAGAGCUUCCACAGGAUCGCUGGACCGGGCGAUGCAACUACUACUACCCCGACCCAGACAACCAGCCGCGCGAACUGACGAGCCGUGGACGGUUCAUGAUCAAAAGCCACACUUCCACACCGGGCUGGAGUUUAUUUUACACGCGUUUCGCAGCUUGUUUUUGAGCAGUGCUUCUUCGUAAAAAUAGGCAUCAUCCUCAUCACCUGUCAGGGCAAUCUGUCACGUACGUUGUGAUCGCUGCAGACUGCAGGACAUGGCAAUGACUCGAGAGGAUGAGCUGACGGCAGCAGCAGCGAAGGGAAACACCGCGGCUGUGGAAGAGCUCCUGCGUAAAGGAGCUCAAGUUGACGGGCUCAACCGGUUCGGACGCACCGCUCUACAGGUGAGGAUGAGGGGCAGCACGCAGGUGGCUCGGCUCCUUCUGGAGCACGGAGCGAACCCCAACGUGGCGGACUGCACCACCGGGCACACCCCGCUGCACGAUGCGGCCAGGGCGGGCUUCCUGGACACCGUGCGGCUGCUAAUUGAGUUCAAUGCAAACCCGCAGGCGACUGACAACGCAAACUGCCGACCUGUACAUUUGGCCAUUAAACACAGCCAUACAGAUGUGGUUGAUUUCCUGGAUUCUCUUGAAAACGCCCAGUGAUGCUUCGAUAAUCCCGAUGAAUCCUCUGCUGCUCGUUCUGACUGUGGACUCAGGGCGCUGAGAAACGGGGCCUUUGCGGGGCCUGCAGGCUCAAUCGCACAGACUGUUCAGCUUUUAAGAUAUGCCGUUUUAUUCUAUUAUCCUUUUUGUUGAAAUGGCAAUCUUUAUUUUAGUGUAAACGAAUUCAGGCUGUAUGUAAGAGCACGGUUGCUGUGAGGACAAAUAACAGGAUUGUUGCGUCCUGAUGAAAACUCAUCGGACUUUGUAUUUUUUACUGAGUACUUUAUUACAAAAUAGGAUAAUGUUGGUUUUCUUAUGUGAUUUCCGGUAAAAUCAUUUUUACAAAUUCUUUGGCAGAGCCUAAAAUAUGUUGCACAUUUAAACAUGAGUGUCAAGAGGAUGCACUUUUCUCUCAGUAUUGUCUUUUACUUUGUAGGGGCUGAAAGUCUCGUUUCAGGUUUGUUAUCAGAGCUGAGAUAAGAUGUAAUUUAUUAAUAAAUAGGUAAAUUGUUUUUAUAUAGAUGUAUGGUUUUGCUUUUCAUAGGCAACUGCCUAAGGAUGAGUUACUUCUUGGUACAAGAAAAUAAUGUUAAAAUAUGUA